ACCGAUUCAUACAUCAUCGAGAGAAAGAAAUGGCUAAUGGCGAUCCCACUUCUCAUCAUCACUAUAACGACCUCCGCUGCUGCUGUUCAAAGCUAUGAUCAAAUGUGCACGGAAAGUAGCAGCGGCGGCGGUACUAAUGCGACGACGACCGGUGGCGUCUAUUACUACAACCGCGCUUGCAGCACGCAGUACUUCCCCGGGAACUCAACGGAGCUGCAGGGUUACGUGCUGGACAACAUCAAGACCUCGUUCUACAAUGCCCAGCAGCAGUCCCGCCGUUUCUGCGACGGCGGCCGUGGAUACGGCGCCAGGGACCGUCACGUGACGGAAGACCUUGUCACGGUCGUCAGCUACGCGUCGUGCGGCGAGGGCUACGACCUCCGGGUGUGCGCCGAGUGCCUGGAAGGCGCGAGCCGGCUGAUCAGCAACCGCUGCGACGGCGCGUCGGGGGUUCGCGCCUGGUCGGAGAUCUGUUGCGCUCGGUACGAGCAGGAUUACAAGUUCUGUAGUACAAGUUGAAAUGGUGGAUGUUUGCAUGCGAUGUUUUGCUUUUAUGAUUCAAUAACAUAUAUAUGUUUUA